AUGAUCAGACCAACAUUCGACCUUCCUUCCUUUUAUUUAUUUUUAAUUUAUUUCAUUCAUCGCUUUUCUCUUAUUUCCCGCUUUUCUCUUAUUUCCCGCUUUUCUAUUCUUUUCUCCCUCCACCUCUUUGGCUUGUUUUCUAAUCUUCUUCUUCUUCUUCUUCUUCUUCUUCUUCUUCUUCUUCUUCUUCUUCUUCUUCUUCACUCUGCACUUCUUUUCUUUUUUCUCUAUAACUUCUUUUCUUUUUUCUGUAUAUCUUUUGUGUUGUUUUUCUUCUUUCUUUCUUUCUUUCUUUCUUUCUUUUGUGUUCUCUUUCUUUCUCUUUUUGCGUUCGCUUUCUUCAUUUGCUUCUUUAGAUAUCCUUCUCUUUUUUCAUAUCAUCUUUCUAUCUCUUUUUGUGUUCUCUCCCUUCAUUUCUUUCUCUUUUUAUGUUCGCUUUCUUUCUUUCUUUUUUUGUGCUCGCUUUCUUUCUCUUUUUGUGAUUUCAUCUUUCUCUUUUUAAUGUUCACUUUUUCUCUUUUUGUGUUGUCUUCUUUCUGUUCUUCCUCUCUUUCUUUCUUUCUUUCUUUCUUUCUUUCUUUCUUUCUUUCUGUUGCUCAAAGAACAUAUAAUUGUAUUAUGGUCCGGUUCCUUGUACCACGGUGA